UGUGAUACGGAGAGAAACAGUCGGGAGGAAGAGAAAAAGAGGAUCCAGUGUGUUUGCUUCACCUCCUGUGAUCAGUUUUCCCUUGAAGAUCUAUCUUCAGCAGCACCAGUGGAGACAAGAAGAAAAAAGAAAAGAAGAAGAAAGUGCAGUUCAGAGCUGCUGCAUCCUUCUCCCAUCACCCGAGCUUCAAACAAAUGACAGAAAUGAACGCCCCGCUUUCCACACCGUGCAACAUCAAGAUCUGUGAGGUGACCUGUGACUCUUUCCGCAUCAUGUGGGACAUGACCCCAGAGGAUUCUGCCAGAGCCACACACUACUUCAUCGACCUGAGCCGCAAAGAGAGCAAGGACCCCAAUCGUUUCAAACACAGGGAUGUGCCAACAAAGCUUGUGGCCAAGGCCGUGCCUCUCCCCAUGGCGGUUAGAGGACACUGGUUCCUCAGCCCACGGACUGAGUACUGUGUCGCCAUUCAAACAGCUGUCAGGCAGCCAGACGGGGACUACCUGGUGUCCGAGUGGAGCCAGGUGCUGGAGUUCUGCACUGGAGACUACGCUGUGGAACACCUGCAGCAACUUCUUGACAAGGCCAAAGGCUCUGCAGGACGGCUGCUGAAAUUCUCUGUAUUUUAUCGCAACCAGCACCCAGAGUACUUUGACUUUGUCAGGAGGGAAUGUGGGGGACUGAUGCGUCCAGCUCUGAAAGACAACAGUGGGAGUCAUGGCUCUCCGAUUAAUGGGAAGCUGCAUGGAGUCUUCUUCAGCUGCAACACAGAGUUCGACACUGGGCUCCCUCCCAAAGAUUCUCCCUACGGACCUCUGCGGUUCCAGAUCUCAGCUGGCCACCUGCUGAACCCAAACAUCUGCCUGUAUUUUGCGGACUUUUACUGCAUGUACACAGCCUAUCACUAUGUGGUGCUGGUUCUGGCUCCGGUCGGUACAGAAGGGGAUGCGUUCUGUCGCACACGCCUCCCGUUGCUGGACUUGACCUCUAACCCAUUCCUGACCUACACUGCCCCACAGAGGCAGGGGGAGGAGCCUGUGUUCUGCCACGCCAGUGACGUCAUCCUGGAGGUGCUUUUCACAGGGCCGGUUCCUCUGGAUCAGGGCUCCGUGGAGCAGAUCAGCGGGCACCACCAGCUCAUGAGUCUGACCACAGCCAACGCCAAGAAAGACCCGAGCUGCAAGGUGUGCAACAUCAGUGUGGGGCGCUGAGGGGAGUGCAGAUGCUAGACAGAUGUGAUGUUGAACACUAAACUGGGCAUGACGGAAAGAGUUUAGAUCAUUUAAAGUGAGAUCCAUCUUGGGAUUUGUUAAAACUGCCUUCAAGCCAGGAUUGUAGCAUAAAAUCCAACCAUCUUGGUCGGCCUCAUGCUCACCUGAUUAAUAUCUUUCAUGCAUAUAUUUAAACUCCUUUUUAUUCCAGGCUAUUUUAAUGGCCCCUCCCUGCAGUGA